GAGCUCCGCAGGGUGGCCAUGUACCUGCGCGGCCUCAUCGAGUGCUGGAAGUCCGUCGGGUGGAUCAUGGUGCUCUUCGUCAUGGUGAUAAUCAUCUUCGCCAUCAUCACCACGCAGCUCAUCGGGCACAAAGCGAGGGAGUUCCCGGAGGGCGAAGCGCGGGACAACGCCGAGGCCCAGUGGGGGACCGUCAUGGCCUCCUGCGCGACGCUCUUCCAGUUCCUCACCCUCGACGACUGGUCGAACAUCACCCGCGACGUCGCAGACGUGCUUGGUUGGCCGUGGUACCUGAUAUCCGGCACGUGCUUCUAAACGCAGUCAUUAUCCUGGCCCUGCUCACGGGGGUGAUCACCGAGCACAUGAUGCAGGUGCACCGGAGCGACGACGAGGAUCAGGAGCGCGAGAGGCACGAGAAGCUGAAGACGGUGCUCAAGGCCGUCUACAGAUUGUUCAAGAUGAUUGACACGGAUGGCUCCGACAGCAUUGACCGCCAAGAGUUUCAGACGCUGCUGAGGUUCUUCCACGCGGAGCCGGUCGAGGGAGGCGGGGAGCUGCACGAGGAGUACGAGCAGCUCCUUCGGGACAGCCCCGACAUCGGCGAGGCCCUCGGCGACAUCAGGGAAAACCUCGAGGGGCUGGACGACCCGGAGCUGUUCAGCGUCUUCGACAUGAAUGGGGAUGGCGCGAUAUCGUGGGACGAGUUUCGCAUCACCAUGGAGGACUCUGGGCACGUUUGCGAAGUGUGCAGGGACAGGACAGAGCUGAACCCCGAGGACCUGGACGCGACGGCCCGAGCUCAGGUGGGCGAUUUUUGCGUGGUGAGGUACAAUGUCGGGGGCCCCUAUCUGUACCACGAGCGGCUGGUCACCUACCUGCCGCUUGGAGCUGGGUUGACCGUCUCGGUCACCACCCCCGACGGUGACGAAUAUGAGGAGGUAUGGAGCAUGCCAGACAUCGUCGAGUGGGAGCCACUGCCGAAUCGACAGCAAGGAGGCGUCCUACUGGGUCGGCCUGGAGCUCGAUACUACCGCUUCCGGGUUGGCGCGAUGCCGACCAUUGCGAGCCUCACGGCAGCUACCACGGCCGCGGCCGCCCGCCUCGGCCAGCCCGCGCCUGUGGGGCCCGUGGCGCCAGCUCUCGGCGGGCGCAUCGCCGAGCCGCCAGCGGGAGGUGCCAUUCCAGGGGCUGGGCUGGGUGGCCUGGUGGCAGCGCUCGGCGGACCAGCAGCAGGAGCGCCCGCAGUUCUUGUCCCCGCUCCUCUUCCGCCGGCUGCCCCUGCCGCCGCCGGCGGCGCGGCCGCCGUGGCCCCAGGGGUCGGCGCGGCGCCUGCCGGUGCUGCCGUCGGCGCGCCCUCGCUCGGCGCGGCAGGCGCGGCUGCAGUCGCUGCACCUCUUCCCGUGGCCUUUGGGGGCGUUCCCGCCGCGGCGGUGCCCGCUGUCGGCCACGUCCAGGAUGCACGGACGCUCCCAGUGGUCUACGACAUGGUGGGCAACCGUCGGCGUGAGUUCCGCGACGCGGUGCUGGCAUGCCGGGAGGACCAGUGGGAAGGGUGGCCGGUGCGCGGCCCCCGCACCACCCACUGGGUCCUCUGGUGCAUCGUCGACCACGGCGGAACCCCGACCGGGAUGCACUCUCGGUGGCGGAGCGAGGCUCGUCUCCAGGAGCACGAGCCAGGAGUGCAGGAGCAUGAACGUGCCUGCAGGGCGCUGGAGGAGCUGCUCUGUUUCGACCAGUGCAACGGGGCGAACCUUGCGGCUGCUGAGCUGCUGGCGCGCACCAUCCAGGUGCAGCAGGAGCGCCACCGGGACAGGAGCGCUGGCGGCACGGCCAGUGGCGGGCACGACAACGUGGACGCCCACCUCUUCAUGGGCAGCGAGCUCACCAGGGGAGGCGCGUGCGUGUGCCCGCUCCUCCAGGAGUGGGCCAGCCUUCAGCUGGCCAAGGAGCAGGCGCUGCUGAAGGAGCGCCGCAAGGCGCGCGAGGAGAGGGAGCUUGCAAAGAAGGGCAACAAGAAGAAUAACAACAGGGAGGAGGAGGGGUGA